AGCCAUACGCAAUUCUGUCAGAUCUUUCAUUCCCUCUGCGUUUCUUUCAAUUUUCAUUAAAUUCUCCACGGCUUUUCUUGAUUUUGGAUUUUUUGCGCUUCUGUUGUCAUUCUGUUGUUUUUUUGGGGGAUAAAGUUUAUCUACAAUUAUUCUAAGUUCAUAUGUUGUAAAGGGAUGAACACUAAGUAAAUUAAUAGAGCUAAUACAAACUAUUUUGUGGACUCAUGGGGACUGCUGUUGAAGCUGCAAACAAGCAGGAAGCAACAGGAAGUGCUCUUACUCAAAAGAAGCCCAAGGUUAUAUUUGUUCUAGGAGGCCCAGGCAGUGGUAAAGGUACACAGUGUGCAAAUAUUGUAGAGCAUUUUGGGUAUACCCAUCUCAGUGCUGGAGAUCUUCUCAGGGCAGAAAUAAAAUCUGGCUCUGAAAAUGGAACCAUGAUUCAGAACAUGAUCAAGGAGGGAAAAAUUGUUCCUUCAGAAGUAACAAUUAAGCUUCUUGAAAAAGCAAUUUCUGAAAAUGAAAAUGACAAAUUUCUAAUUGAUGGAUUCCCACGUAAUGAGGAAAAUCGUGCAGCCUUCGAGUCAGUUACUGGAAUUGUACCGGAAUUUGUUCUUUUCUUUGAUUGCCCGGAAGAAGAGAUGGAGAAGCGCCUCUUGGGUCGCAAUCAGGGAAGAGAAGAUGACAAUAUUGAUACAAUUAGGAAGCGAUUUAGAGUUUACAUGGAAUCUAGUCUCCCUGUUAUCGAAUAUUACAACUCUAAGGAGAAGGUCCGAAAGAUUGAUGCUGCUAAGCCUGUUGGAGAAGUUUUUGAAGCAGUUAAGGCCCUUUUCACCCCAGUGAAUGACAAGGCUGCUACUUAGGUGUUAUCUCCGUUGCCUUAACAUCUUUGGACUCCGUGUUUAAUCGAGUUCGGUUGACAUGUGGUGUCGAAAGGAAUUCACAAUGAAAAGUGUGAUGGAUUUUAUGUAGUUUUACAUUGUUAAAAGUUACUUGAUCGUCUCUUAUGAUGUCAAAUAGGUUAGAAAAGUAUCAUUAUUUUACGAUUUACGCAUUAUUCCACGAUGUUCGACUCUUAUUCUUGAUUGAGAUGCUACUAAUAAAAUAUAUCAUAUUGUUUGUGAUUA